AUGUGUAAAUCACCUCAUUCUGGCUUGCGUCGACUUGCUGCGGAUGCUUUGGUUGUUUUGAUCAAACAAGCCAUCAUAGCGCCCAGAGAGCCUUCGUUUUGGAAGGAUCAAGCUCUUACUACUCAAGUGCUCGAUCCUCUUAGUAAUUUGUCGAUGAGCCAAUACGAUGAUGUCCGCUCUAAGCAACUGGAGUGCGUGCAAUAUCUUCUUAAUUGCUUUGGUGAACAGAUCGGAGCUAGUUGGCUACGAUUGAUCGAGAUCAUUGGAGUGAUCAGCGAUUCAUCAAAGUAA